AUGCCAUCAAAUAUAGCCAUUAUCAGGAAGCAAACGAGCCUGCUGUAUCACUCAGUGUCUGAUGAGGUCAAACAACAGGUGGCGGAGUUCAUUGAAGAAGCCAAAAAGAAGAAGAAGAAAGAGUGGGAAGAGGCAAAGGGCACAAGGGUAGCUGACCAUCAAGUAUAUAUCAAUAGACUACCUGGUGUCCUCACUGAGUUCUUCGACAAGCUCCAGAGACUCACUGGUCUUGUUUUCACAGUUCUUAUGGGUAGCUCAACACCAGCAAUGGGCGGACAGAUUGAUGUCCAGAGCUUUCAUGUUGGUGUAACCGAAAUUGGAAAUCAGUUUGACCUUGCAUAUCCUGAGUUUAACUCAGGGAUCAUGCGACCAUGGAAAGAGUUCGUUAAGAAGAAGGAAGUGUUUGGGGUGCGAAGUCAACAACCAACACGAGAGCCUGAGCCAUGGAAAGAAAGCUCUGAUGGACAAGUAUCACAGACAUCUGAUACAUCUGAUGAUAUAUUAUUUCCUCUAUCUGAACCACUCACAUCCUUUUUUGAUGACGAUGACCCCACUUUAAAGAUGCUCCCUUCAUAUCCUUCACAUUUGACUUCUGCUUCUAUGGACUUGGAUCUUGAUGAUGCUUCUUCAAUGCUGUCUGUGGAAGGAUACCACAAGUUCUUGAGAACAUACAUGGCUCCUCAGGCAAUUCCAACACCACUAUAUCCCACACAUGGACCCACCCUAGCUUCUGCUGAAUCCCAUCUGCUGCCUCUCUCCGAGCCUACCUCUGCAAAGGACCUGCGAGAGGCUGCACCUGUGAUGAUGGAUCUCAUCACAGAGGACAAUUCUGCUGAUUCCCAUUUGCAUCUGGCUAAUUCACAUCUGCAGCCUCUCUCUGAGUCUACCUCUGUGGAGACUGUACCCACAAUGAUGGAUCUUAUCACAGAAAACAAUUCUGUUUAUUCCUGUUUGCACCCACAGUCUCUCUCUAAGUCUACCUCUGCAGAGGCUGCACCUUUCGAUUCUACCUCCAUAGAGGCCACACCCUUUGAGUCUACCUCUGCAGAGGCUGUACCCUCCGGGUGUACCUCUGCAGAGGCCGCACCAUUGAUUGGCAGUCGUAGUAAAUGA